AAAGCAGAGAUGGGUUUAUUUUCGUACAUGUGUGGGUGCAGUGUUAUCCAGGAUUUCCGCGAGCUCUUCAUGCAGAUGAUCCGGUGCAGUAGCACGUCAUUAAAAUGGCGCCAAACGAUAUAGUUCAGCAGGUUCAGAUGCUGCCCCGAAUAAAUGUUUACAUCUAUUUGGCCUCUUUUUGAAUUGUUAUAAACCCUUGGUAUGGUUUGUUUUAUGUUUGGUAACGUUAGUUACUUUGAAUCGCUUAAACUGUGGGCCCUGGUUACUUGUGUAAGCAGCGCGUGCACGUUUGUGUGUUCCAGCGUCAUAUCGCAAAUUCGGCGCGCGCGUCCUGGCCUGGCGGCGUAUGUUAUUUAAUCGAAAAGUUUUGACGUUGAACAAGUACAUAGCAUUUUACGAGUGUCCACAUUUUGCAUAACUCACUUAAAUGAUUGAAUUAUGUUAACAUUUUGUGGGGUGGGUUGGAUUUAUAGGUGAUUCUGUCCCGCGUGUCACGAACUGGGCUGGUGCGAAUUUAGUUUUGCCAGAUGUAAAAAAAAAUAGCGAUAUUGCAUAAUAUUAUAUAAUCACGCGUGUUCAAUGCUUUAAGUGAUUUCCAGUUACGGUUAUAUAUAUUCGUGAAAAAUUUUUCGGAUCGAACGACUAUGCCCAAAGCAUAGUCUUUAUAAUUAAGGUCGUUCUUAAAAUUAAACAACAUCACAUUCACGAACAGUAUGCAAACGUGAUUGUUUGACAAGCAUUGUAAAUUGAUUGUGGUAAAUAGAAGUGUACGUGUUAAUAUUUUUGUUGUCAAUUUUGAACCGGCAUUGAAAUGGACAGCCAUUUUACGUUAAGGGGCGUGGUCUGCCGUUGCAUGGGGAGUUUGUACUGCUGUUUAUGUAGAAAGAAACGUGUUGUUGUUACUGAAAUGCGUGUUAAUUGGUGAAAUAUUUGAUCUGUGCCAAAUAUAUUAACAUCUGCUGAGGGUCCGUGCCCAUUCUUUAAACAAAACAAAAGUGGCACGUUCCGUUGAAAUAUUUCUGGAUCACUUGAAGGCCACGGCAGCUGAUGAUGAAGCGAAGCCGUGUCCCGAGCACCAGUGAGGAUUCAGACAAUGGAAGUAACACAUCCUGGUCUCAACACUCCAACUCCAAGCACAGGAAACAGAAUGGAAAGAGACCGUCAGAGGUGUUCAGGACAGACCUAAUAACUGCUAUGAAGCUUCAUGACUCAUACCAACUGAAUCCGGAAGAUUAUUAUGAGCUGGCCGAUCCCUGGCGACAGGAAUGGGAGAAAGGAGUUCAAGUCCCUGUCAGCCCUGAAUCCAUUCCGCAACCUAAAGUGCGUGCAUUAGCUGAGAAAUGCCCUGCCGCCCUGUUCAUCAAACCGAAGAAGCUGAUUCGCUCUUCUGAGUCAAGCAUGCUGGGGUAUGUGGGUAUUCAAACGCUAGCUGAUGGCAUGUGCCGAUAUGACCUGAAUGAAGAAGAUGUCGCUUGGCUGGAGAUCGCUAAUGAGGAGUUCAGUAAGAUGGGUAUGCAAUCCCUGGAUGAGCUGACUAUGGAGCGGGUCAUGGAGGAGUUCGAAAGGCGUUGCUAUGACAACAUGAGUCACGCCAUGGAGACCGAAGAGGGACUCGGAAUCGAAUACGAUGAAGAUGUGGUCUGUGACGUCUGUCAAUCACCCGACGGCGAGGACGGAAACGAGAUGGUGUUUUGUGACAAGUGCAACAUAUGCGUGCACCAGGCGUGUUACGGUAUACUGAAGGUUCCGGAGGGCAGCUGGCUUUGCCGUACUUGUGCGCUGGGCAUCUUUCCCAAAUGCCAUCUGUGCCCGAAGAAAGGCGGAGCUAUGAAACCCACCCGCAGCGGGACUAAGUGGGUGCACGUUAGCUGUGCUCUCUGGAUACCAGAAGUAAGCAUUGGUAACCCUGAGAAGAUGGAGCCUAUCACUAAUGUGUCUCAUAUACCCAGCAACAGAUGGGCAUUAAUAUGCUGUCUGUGUAAAGAGAAAACCGGAGCUUGUAUACAGUGUUCUGCCAAAAGUUGCCGCGUGGCUUUUCACGUAACCUGUGGACUACAUUAUGGUUUGAAGAUGAACACAAUCCUCACCGAGGCGGACGAAGUCAAGUUUAAAUCCUUUUGUCCCAAGCACUCAGGCAUGGACUGGAGUGAAGAUGAUGAAGUUAGACCAUUGAAGAUGCAGAGUGGGAGAAACAGGGGGGUCAAUGUCUCUUCCGAACCCGGAGGCGCGCAAAACCAAGAAGAGACGAGAGUCAGCGAGCGAAAGCUUCGAGUCCAGCAACUCGAAGAUGAGUUUUAUCGCUUCGUCGCUGCCGAUGAGGUUGCCGAACACCUUCAGUUACCCCUGGAAAUGGUGGACUUUUUGUUCCAAUACUGGAAGUUGAAAAGAAAGGUCAACUUUAACCAGCCACUCAUAAUGCCAAAGAAAGAAGAAGAAGACAGCCUUGCCCGACGGGAACAGGAAGUUCUUUUGCGUCGACUCCGCCUUUUUACCCAUUUAAGACAAGAUCUAGAGCGGGUACGCAAUUUGACGUACAUGGUCAGUCGUCGGGAGAGGAUAAAACGAACCGUUUGUCGAGUACAGGAGCAGAUCUUUCACCAUCACAUCCGACUGCUGGAGCAGGGACGGGUCGCCGGCAUAUCUUCUACAAGACGUUUGGAGGAGGCUAUGUUUUAUUUCCGGGCAGCACCUCCAGCAUCCCCGCAACCUCUGAAAGGUCACCGUGGGCAGAAUAGUGUACUGGGCUCCGCGGUUCAGACUUACGAGAAGGGAAGCAACCAUUACAGAAACUCAAAACAUCCCUCAGUUAAUAUAGAAACAAGCAAGCAUGCAAAAAUGACCAGACUGGAGGGCUUGAUCACGGACAAUUCUGAAGAGGUCGUUGAUUCGACCUCUGGAGGUUGUAUGAUUUUGAGAAAUGAGACAGCUACAGUGAAACGUUCGGAGGGCAGGCUGAGGGGGAGCACGGCCAUCGAGUCCCAGAGAAAUGAUAAUGAUGAGACUGAGCGCCCCCUAGAGGACAGGAGGCGGAGAAACAAGCUAUGGGAACAGACUGUGUCUGUGAAAGAUAAGCUGCGGCGGUGCAAGCUCCUGGAGGAUUCGGGGAAAAAUGAGGCAGAGGAAAACGAUUCAAAUGACAAUGGAUCGCCAAGAAAGACAAACGCAAGCCAGCAUCAAGGAAAACUUGUGCCAAAUGGAACAUCUAGUCGGCAUCUGAAAAACUGGGGCAGUUUCAGAAUUCCCAAAAGAAGUGAGAAAACAGCGGGGGGUAAAGAUGGACAGGAAGGAAGUGAGGUGGAAGAGCCUCCGCUUAGAACCCGGCUAAGAACAGGGAGUGAGAACAGAAGUCACGUGAAAGAGUCUGAGCUUGGCCAAUCAGAGCAGGGGAAAAGGUGUCACACCCAAAGACUACGAAGUCAUGAUCCAAUGACAAGACGUUACGGUUCCAAUGUAAUCCAACGUGGAGUACUUGCAUCGUGAAUUUUGUAUCUAACAUCUAUUCCAUGUGUUUAAAACAAAUAUAUAUAUAUUAUUUUUCCCUUAAUUUGCUCUCCAAUGAAGGCAGAACUUGGUGGAAUGAUAUUUAUUUUUCUAUUCUGUAAUUUAUCUGCUAUCGCUGAAAAUUAAUUUUGCGUGUAUGUUAACUCUUUGAUAUAAUGCUUCCGCUUUAGUGUGCAAAGCAUACAUGGAGAGACCAAACGACUGGCUGAUGAAUAUCUUCCUUAUUUUGAGUUUAACCCUUUAAAUCAGGUGAAAUUAACUGGCACAAUUUUCAAUUACGAGCACUUAGAAAGUUACCAGCAAGAAAAAUAAUUUUGUAUGGCCCGGCUGUCUUAAGUCCCCUUGAAAUACUGCACUUAACUUAAGCACUUAAUUAUCUGACGUUUAACAAGUGUCCAAAAGUUAGGUUUGGUUUCAUUCAUUUCUCAGUAUUCUAUUAAGUUAAAGGCCAUGAUGUGUUGCAUAUGUGACGUGUGCCAUAAUAAAUCUGGCACCUUUUACUUCUCAGGUAAAAUCUGCUAUGUAUUUGUACUUUUAUUUAUAGUGUCAUGUUUCUUUUUUUCUCUUUAUCAAAUGAACCAAGCUUAUAAAAGGUCAAUGCCUUAUGUACUCUCUUUGAUCAUGAAGUAAUACAGAAACCCCUCAAACUCUUAUCCGUUAACAAUAUUCUUCAGCAAUAGAUGGACGCUGUAGAUUCAGACUAAUCCACUUUCUGUAAGAUUUUUGAGGACUGCUUCGAUCAGGUACGUUUAACAAUCAUUUACAUAUAAUAUCCAUGGCCUGUAAUUCACUUUUGCACUCAAUAUUAAACAAUAACACUAUAAUUGUUUGAAUAAAGAAAGGACUAAUCUUCUUGGUUGCCUUGGAGCAGUACUAAAAUUAUUUCCUUUUUGGCUAUAAUUGUUUUGUUUUUUGGGCAAAUUGUGAGUUGAUCUCUUGUGCCUGAGCGUGUUUGUGUUUUUGUCGAGAUAUUGCACUAGAAAGAUAGCCAGAGAGCUUGCUAUAACUGUUCUCAAAGUAUUUCUACAUGUUUAUAUAAACGAACGCUGCUGUAUUUUUCUCCGUUCUGUUUCUUGUAUUCUUAUGCAAUACUUAAGUUUUGUUGUGAAUAAAUUUUCUCAAAGUUA